UAAUGAAACCCAAACUUUAACGAACACAGACGCCAUUAAAGCCACCGUGAAGCUUAUCAUCACGUUCCUCCUCUCUCUCCGCCGGAAUUAACCUUCUCCGGGGUCGUCACUGUUUCCCCCGAGCCGCCAUUCUGCACGUCUCUCGUCUCCUACUCGAAAACUCGAACUCUGUAUUAAAGACAAAGAGAUGGAACCUAGAAGCGAACUGAAGCUAAAACUUUACGAAAUUUUCAAAGAGUUUAUGACACGGGUCACAAAACUUGAGGAACUAGAGAAUGCUGCAAACACCUUUCUUCUACGGUUUCAGCAAGGACUCUGCUUGCUCAAACGCUCUCCAAUGGUCACUUCGUCCGAUUUGGUCAAGAACAUUCUGAAGAACAACGAAACAAGACGGCUUAAAUCGUAUAUAGCAUCCGGCUGUAUUAACAUCGAUGAUGCUGCAAAAAGCACAAGAGCUUUGCAUACAUCCUUAUCAGGACUUUCUGACCACCUUAUUAAAGCUCGAAGCUUACUAUCUGAGCUCGAGCGUCUCACCGAUGAGGCAGCCCUUGCGAUUGAGACUGCAACAACACAGCUAGAUGUAGAUUCAGGUGAUGAGUUAGAACAAGUAACGAGUGAUGAGGAGAAUGAGACUGUGCAUUUUCCUCAAGAACCUGAAGUUACAGAGUACGCUACAGUCAUUGCAGUGGUUUAUAGUAUGGUGAAGCAGAACUAUGUUAUGCAGGAAAAGAUUGUGAGAUCGCUUAGUUUGAAGACAUCGUUUGAUGAACUAGAUACUUACACUAUGAUGUGGUCAUUGCGCCCGUUUGUAGAAGACGAGAUUAUGAACAGAGCGUGGAAAUGUAUCUACUAAUACACAUUUUGUUUAAUCAGUUUUGUCUCUGAUUAGUUUGUUAGUUUGUUUCCGAUUCAUUGCCAUUCAAAAAGCUAACGUAUCCGUAGUUUACGUU